AUGUUUAAGAGGACCUUCUCUAAGGCCAAAAUAUCAGAGACGGUUAUGAGUAUUAAUAAGCCUAUUAGCAGCAAUUUGGACCCUCCGAUAAAUCGGAAUAUGAGGGUUCUAGAUCGAUCAUUCUUUUCCAAAACGUUCCCAGUUGUUGGAGUUUAUUUUCCAGACCCUAAGAAGAUUGGGUUAUUCUUGAGCAAAUGUCGCCAGGACGCUUUGAGAGUCCCUAAUGUUCCGUUUAUUGUGAAAUUUAAUGAAGCUAAAGACAGCCAAGAGGAGAAAUUAGUUCUCUUGAACGAAUCUAUACAAUCCUUAUCUCAAAUCAACUCCAGUCUAGCACCUUCGACUCUUGAAUUUAUUGAAGCCAACAAAGGUGUCCUAAAAGAACACCUAUUAACCUUGGAUUACGAUUUCUGGAAAUCUGAAGAGAUCCUGAAGGCUAUAUUACCAGAUAAUUUGGAAGAGGAGAUACCAAGUGGAUUUACUAGAACAGGGCAUAUUGCACAUGUCAACCUGAAAGAAGAGUAUAAACCUUACUCUGAAAUUAUUGGACAAGUUAUAAUGGAUAAAAACCCCUCAAUUACUACUGUUGUGGAUAAAGUGGACUCGAUUGAAACGACAUUUCGUACAUUCAAAAUGAAAGUCAUCGCUGGAGAACCCAAUUUCAUGGUUGAACAACGGGAAAGUGAUUGCCUGUUUACCUUUGAUUUCAGUAAAGUGUAUUGGAAUUCAAGGCUUCACACGGAGCAUAAGCGGUUAGUUGACCUAUUCAAGCCUCAUACAGCUAUUUGUGAUGUCAUGGCGGGCGUGGGACCGUUUGCUGUCCCUAGUGGUAAGAAGGAAUGUUUUGUUUUUGCCAAUGACUUGAAUCCUGAGAGCUUUAAAUAUCUGGAUAUCAACGUUUCAAGAAACAAAGUAAACAAAUUUGUCAAAGUGUUCAAUACUGAUGGUCGGGAUUUCAUAACCCAAGCUCAAAAUGACCUUUUCAACUACUCCAAUACACAUAAAUUUCUGACCUUGAAUUCUAGAAAAAAGCAAAGGGUCAGUAAGGAUACCACUCCUCAAAUAAAAGUGCCCAUACCAAACUUUUUCAGCCAUUACAUCAUGAACUUGCCAGAUUCUGCCAUAGAGUUUGUAGAUGCCUAUGUCGGUUUGUUUACGAAAGCCUUCCCGCAGCUAUCAAUAGAUGAAGUUAAAAGCUUACCCAAUUACUUAUUACCAACCAUCAACGUUCAUCAUUUUGAAAAAUUUUCUCCCAAUGAAGAGCCAACAGAAGAAGAGCUUCACCGUAGAAUUCAUGAAAAGAUCAAAAGGCUGCUAUCGUUCAACAUUUCGUUCGAAGAAUUGCAUUUUCAUAUGGUUAGAAAAGUUUCCCCUACUAAACCCAUGUUUUGUAUAUCCUUUCAGUUACCGGAAGAAGUAGCAUUUAGUAAAUCUAACUGA